CCAAAUUGAGGAAGCGCGGGGUUUUCAACAUCAACGCGCGAAACUGAUUGUUUAUCAUAAGAAUUUAAUAUCAUUCGUGUAUCACACAGAUAGAUCUGUGAUUUGAUUUUACCUACAGUACUGGAUAUCUAUUUGUUCCUAUUUUCACGCAGUUCCAAUGAUGUUGGGAGAAAAUAAAGAAUGUAACCAGCAGCACAUAUCGACGAAAAUGAAUCCGAAAUGUGGCGACAGAUCCAUCAGAACACCGAAGUCGAAGUCGAAAGGGGGAGGCGAAAAUCGUCAGCCACUGAGUGACAUCAGUUCAAAACUUGCAAAUAUCAAGGUGACUGAAGAUAACCAACAUACGACCAGGCCAAGGACAAUAAUUAUUGAGGGCAACAUUGGCUGUGGAAAGUCUACAUUACUGAAACAUUUUGGCCAGAAGGAUAAUGUUGAGGUCUUUCCUGAACCAGUUGACAAAUGGAGGGACAAUAGAGGAGAGAAUAUGCUGGAGUUGUUCUACCAGGAUCCAAGUCGUUGGAGCUUUGCGUUUGAAUCGUACAAUCAGUUCACGUUACUUCAGGAGCACCAAGCACAACCCAACUGCCGAAUCAAAAUGAUGGAGCGUUCCAUUUACAGUGGCAAAUACUGCUUCAUUGAAAGCCUGUACGAAAGUGAGAAGUUGCAGACACCCGAGUACAAUGUGCUUACCGAGUGGUUUGAUUGGUUGAUCAAAAAAGACGUCCAGGUUGACUAUAUAGUGUACCUUCGGAGCACACCUGAACAGUGUGAGAAGCGAAUCCUUGAGCGUAGUCGCAAAGAGGAGUCUGGGAUACCGCUGGACUAUCUACGAGAUCUUCACGAGCGACAUGAAGAUUGGCUCAUCAGGAAAAAGUUUGAGCUACCCGCACCAGUAUUAGUUCUUGAUGCCACAAAGCCUCUGGAUGAGAUGUUACAACAGUUCAAAUUCCUCGAGGAGGAGUUAGAAUUUGAUCAACUAUGAUUUUUUUUUUUACACUUAGUACAUUGUAAAAAUAUUAUAUUUGAAUUUUGUUUUAUGUAGAAUAUCCAAACUUAGAUUUUCAGUAAAACUGUUUUGUAAACCCUUGUAGAUGAGAUUUUAAAUUUUUAAGAUUUCCUUUUGAAAUAUGGAAUUCAAAAGAAAUGGUUAAUUUAUUAGGGGUAUCUUUAUGCAUGUAUAAACAUAUACUGUAGGGUUCUCUGGAGCCCUUGGCAACCCCGAAAUCCUCUGGUGAUUAUUUCGGGGAUACAUGUAUUUCAUUUGGCCCCAUUUUUGACUGAAAAACACAAACUACAAUACCUCUUCAGUGUUUCUUUCUGUAACAAGGGUGUUCCCAGUAAAAAAAAAUGUUCUUGGCAGCACAUUCUAACUAGGGGUCAAAAUUAUGAGAUGGUAUUUAACAGCAUCCUCCUUUUCCCUGAAAGUAUGUAAUUUCAGUGUUUUGUUAGGCAAACUUUUGAAUUUGUACAUGUAUUAUAGACAUUUUUUUAUGUAGACUGGUCUUUUGCCCCGUCACUCUUAUGUAAUACAAUGCAUUUUGUUAAGGUUUACAGCCAGUGUGCCCUUUUUAAUGUUUACAUGUAAUGAAAUGUAUUGUACAUGAAAGUGUUUUUACUUCCAUAUUAAAUGUUUCUUUUUAGUUUUUCAUUUGAUACUUACAAUGUAUAAAGUUUUACUAUUACAUUGUGUACAUGUAUUCUUCAAAGUACAUGUAUUGUAACCGCUCACAGAUUACAAGAAAAUUUAUUUUCAAAUUCAAACUCUGUUGUAUGAAUAUCACCUUUAUAACAAGUAAUGACAUGACCCUUGUUCAUAUCAUUUGGAUUUUUAAUGAAUUGAAUGUUAACUAAUGAUUUGCCUCCUACAAUCUUUUACAGGUUUCAAUGAAAUACGAUGUGUAUAUUCAGUCCCAGAAUUAGUUUCCAUUUCUGUUAUGCAGCGCAAAUAAUUUUAAUAUUCAUGUAAAGAUACUGUCAGUAAUGAGAAUCAAUAAAAAUUUCACUGGAAAUGGUUACAUGAA